UUUUGUUUCUUGUAUUUUUCACGUAGUCUCUUCUUUUUACAACACAAAGUUAGUAGAGCUGAGUGUGUAAACCAGAACAAAGCAAAGUAGUGCUAGAUGUUCCAAAAGCAAAUAUGGUAAUCCAAAGGUUCAACGUUCAACGUUAUAGCCAGCUGUUGAUAGCUAGUGUCGUGGCACUAAGACAAACACCACUAAUUCAGAGCUGGAGGAAUUUCUUUGAUUCCAAUUAUUUGCUGCAGCUGCGACGGGAAUAUCUUGUCUUGCAAAGAUUACUGCAAAGAAAAACGUGGCCAAGUGGAGCGCAACGAACAAGCAGUAAAAUACCGAUAACGUUUCUUGCGUCACUUUCAUUGUUUUCCUCAACUGGUUCCAAAAAAUCUGCAGAAGAGCAAAACAUUCAAACCAAGAUGACUGAAGAAGCUGCUAAAAAUCUUGCGGAUACAAUUCAACAUUCCGAUCAGCUGUUCGAUGAGAACAAUUUCCAAGAGGCUUACGAUUUGCUUCAGAAAUGUUCGGAACGUGAAAAAUAUGAAAUCAAAUGGCGUGUAGCGCGAGCGCUGUACAACCUUUCGAAGACCAUUCCGAGCCCGAAGAAAGAGGAGAUGAUCCGGGAAAGUUUUCAAUUCGCCACCGAAGCCCUGGCACUGAACGACAACGACUAUGCUUCACACAAAUGGUACUCGAUUCUGUUGGAUGCCAAGAGCGGUCUGGACGGCAUCAAGGAACGCGUAACGCAGCUCGAAAACGUAAAGUUGCAUAUGCGUAAGGCUGUUGAGCUUAACCCGGGUGAUGCCACCAGCUGGUUCAUACUGGGUCAGUUCUACUACGGUCUGGCGGAAUUACCCUGGUACCAGAGGAAGAUAGUGUCGACCAUUUUUGCUACGCCACCGACCGGCACAUACGAGGAGGCUUUGGAGUGCUUCGAGAAGGCCGAAAGCACCAAACCCAAUUUCUACUCGAUGAACCAUCUGAUGCUGGGGAAGACUUAUCAAGCCUUGAAGAGGACGGAUAAGGCGAAGGAGUUUCUCACGUUGGCAGCCAAUGUGACAGUGCUGAACGAGGAUGAUAAGCAAGCAAAGGAAGAGGCCGCUAAGUUGCUGAAAAAAUUGUAGAGCUCAGAGGUUUGGGGAAUAAUGAGAGAUGUUGAGACAAUUAAUCGUUAAUCGUUAUUUUAGGCCUUAAGAAAGGGAGAGUUUUUAAAUAUAUGGUAUGGUU